AUGAUAGCACUAUUUUCUUUUCUUUUCACUCUUCGAAUUACAGUUAUUCAUUUAUCAUCAUCAUCUGGUGAAUCUAUACAAACAUUUUCCCAUAUACAAAUAAUUAGUUCUCAACAAAUUGUAAUAACCAGGGGUAUAUUUAUAAGGAAUCGUUAUCAAAUAGGCGUUUAUGAUUAUGUAUUCGAUUUAGUUAAAAAGGAUGAUAGUGACAUAAUUGAUAUUUAUGAUUUAAUUGAAUUAAUGAAUAAAGCUGGUAUAUCAUUGAAUGAUCCAAGAUUAGCAAAAUUUACAAAAGCAUUGAAUGAAUUACAAGGUAAUAAAAUCAAUAGAAAUGUUCUACAAAGUAAAUCAUUAACGUUGGAUAGAGAAACAUUUCGAAUUGUAGCAAAAGAAAAUCUUCAUAUGUUAUUACGCAUUAUGACAAAUGAUUUUUGUAUACCAGAUUUUGAAUCAUUUGCAAGUGAAAUUCAAACAGUUUUUAAUUUAUGCAAAGAAAAUACAAGUGGUCAAGUAGCCAGUUAUAUACCAGAAUUAAAAGAAAUGAAUCCGAACUAUUGGGGUUUAUCAUUGUGCACUGUAGAUGGACAACGCUUAUCCAUGGGUGACAGCACUAUCCCAUUUACAAUACAAUCUAGUAGUAAACCAAUUACAUAUGCAUUAGCUUUGACCGAUUUAGGUCCACAACAUGUUCAUCAAUAUGUUGGCUAUGAACCAUCAGGAUUACCAUUCAAUCAAAUUUCUUUAAAUCAUAAAAAUAAACCACAUAAUCCCUUAAUAAAUUCCGGAGCAUUAGCUAUUUGUAGUAUACUACAACCAAAUUUAAAUCCUUCAGAACGUUUUAAAUAUGUUGAAAAUAAAUUCAGUCAAAUGGCUGGUGGAUUACCAAUGGGAUUUAAUAAUGCUGUAUUUUUAUCAGAACGUGAAACAGCUGAUCGUAAUUUUGCUAUUGCAUAUUAUAUGCGUGAAAAUAAAUGUUUCCCGCCAACUUUUGAAUUACGUGAAUUAAUGGAUUUUUAUUUUCAAAUAUGUUCAAUUGAAGUCACUUGUGAAUCAGCUGGUAUUAUGGCUGGAACAUUAGCAAAUGGUGGUAUUAAUCCAUUAACAAAUGAAACUGUAGUAAGUGCAGCUGCAGCACGAGAUACUCUAUCUGUUAUGCAUUCAUGUGGAAUGUAUGAUUAUUCAGGACAAUUUGCAUUUAAGGUUGGUUUGCCAUGUAAAUCUGGUGUAUCCGGUAUAAUCAUGGUAGUCGUGCCUAAUUUACUUGGUUUAGCUGUCUGGUCACCGCCGAUUGAUAGACAUGGGAAUUCGGCUAGAGGUAUACAAUUCUGUCAAGAACUUGUUCAUAGAUUUAUCCUUCAUCAUUAUGAAAGUCAUUUACAUUAUGAUAAAAAAAUUGAUCCACGGAAACCACGUGAUUCUUAUCGAACAGAUGCAGUUACUACAUUAUUAUUUGCUGCUAGUAAUAAUGAUUUAUCAACUUUGAGAAGAUUAGAAUAUAAAAUGUAA